AUGGGGAAACAGAAAGGAGAAGCAGCAAGAAGCAAGGCUCGUCCCUCCAGCAGCAGUCUUGCUGCUUCGCUGUUGCCGUCAGGUACAGCAGGUGUUGGAUUCGGAGGCUAUGUUGGCAGUUCACGAAUUGAUUCUUCUCUCCCAAACGAAGACACCGUUACUUUUUUGGAUAUAGAUGGUGAAGUUGCACAACACUUGAAGAGGCUUUCAAGGAAGGAUCCCACCACCAAGCUUAAAGCUUUGAGCUCUUUGUCUCAACUGCUCAAGCAAAAAUCUGCAAAGGAAAUAGCACCAAUCAUUCCACAAUGGGCAUUUGAAUACAAGAAGCUGUUGCUGGAUUACAACCGAGAGGUUCGAAGAACUACACAUGACACCAUGACUGAUCUUGUCAGCGUUGUUCGAAGAGACUUAGCACCACAUUUGAAGUCUUUGAUGGGACCGUGGUGGUUUUCUCAGUUUGAUUCAGUUUAUGAAGUUUCCCAAGCUGCAAAACGAUCAUUUCAGGUAGCCUUUCCAGCACCGGAUAAGAGACUUGAGGCCUUAAUUUUAUGUGUCAAUGAGAUUUUCAUGUAUUUGGACGAAAACUUAAAGCUCACGCCGCAGAGCAUGUUAGAUAAAGCGGCUGCGUUGGAUGAAUUAGAAGAGAUGCAUCGGCAGGUGAUUUCUUCAUCACUACUGGCAUUAGCCACCCUUCUUGAUAUUUUGGUGUCCCUGCAAUCUGAAAGGCCAGCUGCAUAUUCGGUGCUUAGGAGCAUUAUUAAAAACAUUCCUCAUGCUUUUAAAGAAGGGAAUAUGAAAACUCUUGCCCCUGCAAUACUUGGUGCUUUCCAAGAAAAGGAUCCAACUUGCCAUUCGUCAAUGUGGGAUACAUUUUUACUAUUUUCCAAAACAUUUCCAGACAGUUGGACGAUCUUGAAUGUUCAGAAAACCCUGCUACACCGUUUCUGGCAUUUUCUUAAGAAUGGGUGCUUUGGAUCCCAACAAGUUUCUUAUCCAGCUCUGGUUCUAUUCUUAGAUGCUGUGCCCCCUAAAGCAAUAGUAAGAGAGAAGUUCUUCCUUGAAUUUUUCCAGAACCUGUGGGCAGGAAGAAACUCGUCCUAUUCCUUAAAUGCAGAUCGACUAGCAUUUUUCCUUGCUCUGAAUGAGUGUUUCCUUUGGGUACUAAAAAUACUUCAAGAUAUGGUGAUGAAGUAG